AGAUGCAUUUGCUGCCCGAACGCGUUGACGCCUGAGUUUUGCGGCGCGUCAAAUCAAGUUUUGCGGCGCGUCAAACUUUUGACGCGCGUCAAAAGUUGAAAUAUUUCAACUCGAGCAGCAUUUGACGCGCCGCAAAAUACGUGAACGCGCCCUCCGCCCGUGCCCGUCAGCGGGCACGGGCAUGCCGCGCCGCAAAUCAGAUUUUGACGCGCGUCAAAUCAAGUUUUGCUGCCCGUUUUCUCGGCAGCAAAUGCAUCGGCAGUAAAGCAGCAACGCGUCUCUACAUUCACUUUGAAUGGGAUCACGACGCGCGUCAACUUUUUGCAUCUUUUUCAGGUUCAAAAAGGUUGGUGACCCCUGCUCUAGACUCAGUGACAGAGUUGCCCCAUAUCUCUGGUGUCUCUGGUGGUGAACCAGCGACGGAGGUGCCCCAUGUCUCUAUGUGUUUCACAUUCCACGUUACCUCGCGCGCAGCGCGUUCAUGCGUGAGGCACAUGUCGCCUUCAGUUCGGUAGUGCAUGUCUGAGAUUCUGCACUAUGACCCUCACAGAGUCAUGGGCGUUUUUAGGCUGAAACACACCGGACUUCUCGCUACCGAAGUGCACUGGGAUAACUAACAACGAGGGCCGAAUUAGGCUAUUAAUCGCUAUUUGACGUGUUCUGUUUCAACAUGACCAAUGGGAACGACUUCGUGGAGCUCGAGGAGUGCAUCAGCAAUCCGGGCUUCACGGAACAUGGCGCCGAGGAGUCCCGGGACUCCACCGAGAAGAACCGGGGAACGACCGAGGAGAACCGGGAGUCCACCGAGGAGACUCGGGACUCCACCGCUACGUCCGUUGAUCCAACAGGUGGAGGGCAGCAGGACGCUUGUACCGAGUACACGCAGAUCAAACCGUACGCCGGGAUGCCCAAAGAGGUGCUGCUGCUUUACUCCAGCCAGGCCCGGUACCGAGUCCCCCGGCAGAUCUUGUUCUGGCUCCUGAUCCUGUGCGUCCUGGCGCUGGUUGCGCUGACCAUCACGGUCAUCGCGCUGUCCCCGCCGUGCCUGGGCUGGUGGCGGGCGUCUCCGCUCUACCAGAUCUACCCCCGCUCCUUCAGGGACUCAGACGGCGACGGCGUCGGGGACCUCAAAGGUAUCAUAGAGCAGCUGUCUCACUUUGAGUACCUGAACAUUAAGUCGGUGUGGAUCAGCCCCUUCUACCGCUCGCCCAUGAGGGACUUCGGCUACGACGUGGAGGACUUCCGCGAGGUGGACCCCGUGUUUGGGACCAUGCAGGACUUUGAGGAGCUCCUGGCCCAGAUGCAUAACCGAGGAUUGAAGCUGAUCAUGGACUUUAUUCCCAACCACACCAGUGACCGCCACCGCUGGUUUAACCUGAGCCGCAGCAGAGACGAGCACUACAAAGACUACUACCUCUGGACUGACUGCAACGCAACCGCACCAAGGCCCAAUAACUGGGUGAGUGUGUUUGGUAACUCUUCGUGGACUUAUGAUGAGGUUAGAGGCCAGUGCUACCUGCACCAGUUCCUCAAAGAGCAACCCGACCUCAACUUCAGAAACCCUCAUGUCCGCAGGGAGAUGAUUGACAUUCUUAGGUUCUGGCUGGAGAAGGGAGUGGAUGGGUUCCGCAUGGCUGCAGUGAAGCGGCUCCUGGAGGCCUCACAUCUGAGAAGCGAGCCCCUUACCGACCCCAGCAAACCCCCGGAGGCCUUCCCAUCACAGUGGGAGCUCCACCACGACUACACCACCAGCCAGCUGGGGCUCCACCAGCUGCUGCAGGAGUGGAGGGCGGAGAUGGACGUGUACAGCCGGGAGCCAGGCAGAUAUCGGUUCAUGGUGACAGAGUCGUAUGAUCACGAAGAGGUGGACAAGACCAUGAUGUACUAUGGUAGCCCGCUGGUUAAAGAGAGCGACUUCCCCUUUAACUUCUACCUCCUGGACCUGCCCCGCAACCCCAGUGGCUUGUGGGUCCAGCAUCUGGUGCUGCUCUGGAUGAGCAAUAUGCCCACUGGACGGUGGCCCAACUGGGUGGUGGGGAACCACGACAACGGCCGCAUCGCCUCCAGCGCUGGGCGGGGCUAUACGCGCGUCAUCAACAUGCUGAUUCUCACCCUGCCCGGCACACCCACCACCUACUACGGAGAGGAGAUCGGCAUGGAGAACAUUAACAUCCCACACAGCCAAAUACAGGACCCGGCCGGCAAAUACAACCUGAGUGCUGGCCGAGACCCCCAGCGAUCCCCCAUGCAGUGGACUGGGGACAUGAACGCAGGCUUCAGCAACGUCACAAACGCCACCUGGCUGCCUGUCCAUCCUGACUACAGCAGCGUCAACGUGGAGACCCAGAAGGCGGACAGCGGCUCGGUCCUGGCUCAGUACCGCCUCCUGAGCCGCCUGCGUCAGUCGGAGCUCCCACUGCAGCGCGGCUGGUUCUGCCCCGUCCACGCUGACACCAACGUCUUCUCCUUCCUCCGGGAGCUUGACGGCCUCGACCACGCCUUCCUCGUCCUGCUCAACUUUGGCAAAGAGGCCACCGUCACAGACCUGUCGGCGGUGGCCGAGCUCCCUGAUUGGCUGACGGUUGUCAUGAGCACGGCGCCCGGGGCCGGUGGCAGGCGGCUCCCCAAGGCCUCCCUACCGAGCAAGGCCGGGGAGGGCCUGGUGCUGCAGUACUCCAGCGGGCGGCGCUACCACGCACGGCCCGACGCGCGCUGCUUCGUCUCAGAGAAGGCCUGCUACCUGGGGGUCGUCAACCUGCUCUAUAAAUGCUAGCACCAGAUGCCAUGGCAACGGCGGGCUACUUAGACUUAGUAUAUG